AUCUCACCACCCAACUGUGCAAAACAUUUAAUUCCAUCUCUCUUCAAAGACACCACAACACAACACAACACAUCACCAAGACAGAAAGUAGACAACAAGAGAGAGAGAGAGAGAGAUGAAGGGUCGUCAUCUUAUCUUCUUCUUCCUAUCAUCGCUCACCGUCCUGACCAUGCCGCCGCCGUCGUUCGCAGCGGAUCCGGCGGCCGGAGGCGGCGGCGGAGGAGCGUUGGCGGAGGAGUGCAACGAGGAUUUUCAGAAAGUGAUGCUGUGUUUGGAUUUCGCGAGGGGGAAAGUGGCGACGCCGACGAAACAGUGUUGUGAUUCGGUGGGAGGGAUCAAAGACAAGGAUCCAAAGUGUCUGUGUUUCAUAAUACAGCAGACGAGGACAGGCGGGGAAGCUCUGAAACAGCUCGGUGUUCAAGAAGACAAGCUUCUUCAGUUGCCUUCUGCUUGCCAGCUUCGCAACGCCAGCAUCUCCGACUGCCCUCGACUUCUCGGUCUAGCACCGAAUUCACCGGACGCGGCCAUAUUCUCGGGGAACGCCACGUCAUCAUCGACACCGGCGGGAAAUUCUCCAUGGUCCACGUCAACUCCGGCGACGUCGCAAGACAAAGGAGGAUCUGCCGUCGCAACGGACAGGCUAACCGUCGUCUCCGCCGUGGCUUUGGCCGCCGUCUCCUUCCUCUCGGCCUUCGCCUAGACAAGUGAGCGACACGUGUCUCUCGGUCCACGUGGCACUAAAUCUUACCCUCUCUUGUUUUUCUUUCUUCCCUCUUUCUAAUUAUGUGCUUGUUCGGAAUUCGGACUAAUGAAACGCUGUUUCGAGUGAUUUGCGGUUACAUAAUUUUCUCUCUCAGUUACGUAUAAUGUUACAAUUUUCAUAUUUA